AUGCAAGACUUACCGCCGAUUGGGGGCUACGACCCGGUGCAAUGGAAGCGCAACUUGCCCUCGCGCGGGUUCCGCGCCACCAUCUACUUCUGGGGGAUCACGGGGCUUAUCGGCUUCGGUUUCUACCGGUUGUACCAAGGGGUCACCGAGCAGAACGAGUUGGCGAGAGAGCGCCAGUGGGCGCGCUUCCACUUGGAGCCGCUCUUGCUUGCCGAGCAGGACCGCAACGUCGCCCGCCGCUUCUUUGCCGAACAGCGCCGCCGCGACGAGGUGAAACAGCUGAUGCUGCCUGAAGCUCGCGCCGAGUUUGAACAGCCGAUCUACAACGACAAGCUGAAACAAAGACUUCCCAAGUACGUCGCCGGCCCCAACCCUGCUGAUCAAUAA